AUGGCGAUUCCAUUCUCCAAUACCACUCAACGCAUUCCUCCAGGAUUUGCAAAUCUGCUCGAAGGGCUUGCCAGGGAAGUCUUGAGGAACCAGCCUGAAGAUAUACCAACAUUUGCAGCCAAGUAUUUUGAAACUCUCCUCAUUGAAAGAGAAAAAACUGGAUACGACCCAGCUGAGUGGGGAGCUAAGCUAGAUGACCGAUACUACAAUAACCGGGCUUUCAAUGAACUUGCACCACCAGGAGGUGAUAGUAAAACAGAAGAAAAGAAGGAAGAAUCUGCUGCAAAGCCAGAGGGAGAAGAUGCAGCAAAGAAAGCAAAUGCUGAGGAAUAUGGUGAUGUGAGCUUAACGGAAGAGCAAGCGGCUACAAGAAUCCAAUCGGUCUAUAGGGGAUUCAAAACAAGAAAAGAAGGAAAGCUAUCCUCAGAAAAUGUGUACCCAGCAAACCAGGAAGAGAUGAGCGAGCCGGACCCAAAAGGGACGAGCGAGCCGGACCCCAAAGGGACGAGCGAGCCGGACCCCAAAGGGACGAGCGAGCCGGACCCCAAAGGGACGAGCGAGCCGGACCCCAAAGGGACGAGCGAGCCGGACCCCAAAGAGAUGAGUGAGCCUGUCAAAGCAGAAGGAACGACUGAGCCUGCGAAAGAAGAGCAGCCAUAAUCCACGGCAAUCCUGCCAGCAGUCGAGUUUCAGAAUGGCUGGAGGCAAAAGUUCCAUUGGUCUGCUUUAGGAGCAUGUGCCAAGUUUAUUAAAUAAACCAUAGACUUUAAAAUGCACCAUGUCAUGCUUGGUGCCCAUUGGCAGAUCAAUAAAUGGAAUCUGUGUCAUAAA